CCAUUUCAAAAACGCGGAGAAGGUAAAUCCAGUCAGGCCCUGGAGAGGCCGACGGUGGGCUCCGGCCAGCCUGCGCACUGGGCAUGCGCAGGGGGUGGGCCGCCAGGUCGGCUUAGGGAGCCAUGACGAGUCCGGAAGCGCCUGCGCGCGCCCCUCCGCUUGAGAAGUAGUUUUGUUCUUCGCCCUCGGCACGGGAGCGUUUCAGAGAGAACCCUCGGCAGGACCAACCAGACCCCAGCCAGCGCCGCAGCAAUGUCCAGCAACAGCUUCGCUUACAAUGAGCAGUCCGGAGGAGGGGAGGCGACGGAACUGGGUCAGGAGGCGACUUCAACCAUUUCCCCCUCCGGCGCCUUCGGCCUCUUUAGCAGCGAUUUGAAGAAGAAUGAAGAUCUAAAGCAAAUGUUGGAGAGCAACAAAGAUUCUGCUAAAUUGGAUGCUAUGAAACGGAUUGUUGGGAUGAUUGCAAAAGGGAAAAAUGCAUCUGAACUGUUUCCUGCUGUUGUGAAGAAUGUGGCCAGUAAAAAUAUUGAGAUCAAGAAGUUAGUAUAUGUUUACCUGGUCCGGUAUGCCGAAGAACAGCAGGAUCUGGCACUCUUGUCCAUAAGCACUUUCCAGCGAGCUCUAAAGGACCCAAAUCAACUAAUCCGUGCAAGUGCUUUGAGAGUUCUGUCAAGUAUUAGAGUACCAAUUAUUGUACCUAUUAUGAUGCUUGCUAUUAAGGAGGCUUCUGCUGAUUUGUCACCAUAUGUUAGGAAGAAUGCAGCCCAUGCAAUACAGAAAUUGUACAGCCUUGAUCCAGAGCAGAAGGAAAUGUUAAUUGAAGUAAUUGAAAAACUUCUAAAGGAUAAAAGCACACUGGUAGCUGGCAGUGUCGUGAUGGCUUUUGAAGAAGUGUGCCCGGAUAGAAUAGAUCUGAUUCACAAGAAUUACCGCAAGCUCUGUAAUUUACUAGUUGAUGUAGAAGAGUGGGGACAGGUUGUCAUAAUCCACAUGCUAACUCGAUAUGCUCGUACACAGUUUGUCAGUCCUUGGAAGGAGGAUGAUGGUUUAGAAGACAAUGAAAAGAAUUUCUAUGAAUCUGAUGAUGAACAGAAGGAAAAGACUGACCAAAGGAAGAAGCCAUAUACUAUGGAUCCAGACCAUAGACUUUUAAUUCGGAAUACAAAGCCUUUGCUUCAGAGCAGGAAUGCAGCGGUGGUUAUGGCAGUUGCUCAGCUGUAUUGGCACAUAUCACCAAAAUCUGAAGUUGGCAUUAUUUCUAAAUCACUAGUGCGUUUACUUCGUAGUAAUAGGGAAGUGCAGUAUAUUGUCCUACAGAAUAUAGCAACUAUGUCGAUUCAAAGAAAGGGUAUGUUUGAACCUUACCUGAAGAGUUUCUAUGUUCGGUCAACUGAUCCAACUAUGAUCAAAACACUGAAGCUUGAAAUUUUGACAAACUUGGCAAAUGAAGCCAACAUAUCAACUCUUCUCCGAGAAUUUCAGACCUAUGUGAAAAGCCAGGAUAAACAAUUUGCAGCAGCCACUAUUCAAACUAUAGGCAGAUGUGCAACCAACAUCUCAGAAGUCACUGAUACAUGCCUCAAUGGCCUGGUAUGUCUGUUGUCCAACAGAGAUGAAAUAGUUGUUGCUGAAAGUGUGGUUGUUAUUAAGAAAUUACUGCAAAUGCAACCUGCACAACAUGGUGAAAUUAUUAAACAUAUGGCUAAACUCUUGGACAGUAUAACUGUUCCUGUGGCUAGAGCAAGUAUUCUUUGGCUGAUUGGAGAAAACUGUGAACGAGUUCCUAAAAUUGCCCCUGAUGUGUUGAGGAAGAUGGCUAAAAGCUUCACUAGUGAAGAUGAUCUGGUAAAACUGCAGAUUUUAAAUCUGGGAGCAAAAUUGUAUUUAACCAACUCCAGACAGACAAAAUUGCUUACCCAGUACAUAUUAAAUCUCGGCAAGUAUGAUCAAAACUACGACAUCAGAGACCGUACAAGAUUUAUUAGGCAGCUUAUUGUUCCGAAUGAGAAGAGUGGAGCUUUAAGUAAAUAUGCCAAAAAAAUAUUCCUAGCACAAAAACCUGCACCACUGCUUGAAUCUCCUUUUAAAGAUAGGGAUCAUUUCCAGCUUGGCACUUUAUCUCAUACUCUCAACACUAAAGCUACUGGGUACCUGGAAUUAUCUAAUUGGCCAGAGGUGGCGCCGGACCCAUCAGUUCGAAACGUAGAAGUAAUAGAGUUGGCAAAAGAAUGGACUCCAGCAGGAAAAGCAAAGAAAGAGAAUCCUGCUAAGAAAUUUUAUUCUGAAUCUGAGGAGGAAGAGGACUCUUCUGAUAGCAGCAGUGACAGUGAGAGUGAAUCUGGAAGUGCAAGUGGAGAACAAGACGAGGGAGACAGUAGUGAUGACAGCAGUGAGGAGUCCUCCAGUGAGCAUGGGAGUGAUAGUGAAAGUGCAUCAGAAGUAGGAGACAAAAGAACAGCCAAGAGGAACUCCAAAAGCAAAGGGAAAAGUGAUUCUGAAGAUGGGGAGAAGGAAAAUGAAAAAUCUAAAACUUCAGAUUCUUCCAGCGCUGAUUCUAGUUCAGAAGAAGAAAGUUCUUCAGAUUCUGAAUCAGAAUCAGAAUCUGAAAGUGAAUCUGAAUCCAGAAAAGUCACUAAGAGCUCAAUGUUACCAGUUAUGGCCCUUUUUGUUCGUGAAAGGGGAAGUAAAAGGAAGUCACAAAUAAUAUUGAGCAAGGAGAAAGAAAAAAAAAAAACAAAGCAAGAUAGAAAUCCUCUUACCAAAGAUGUUUCACUUCUAGAUCUAGAUGAUUUUAACCCAGUAUCCACUCCAGUUGCACUUCCCACACCAGCUCUUUCUCCAAGCUUGAUAGCUGAUCUUGAAGGUUUAAACUUGUCAGCUUCUUCAUCAGUCAUCAGUGUCAGUACUCCUGUCUUUGUACCAGUGAAAACUCACGUGCUGCUUCAUCGAAUGAGUGGAAGAGGACUAGCUGCCCAUUAUUUCUUUCCAAGACAGCCUUGUAUUUUUGGUGAUAAGAUGGUCUCUGUACAAAUAACAUUGAAUAAUACUACCGAUCGGAAGAUAGAAAAUAUCCACAUAGGGGGGAAGAAACUUCCUAUGGGCAUGCAAAUGCAUGUUUUUAAUCCAAUAGAAUCUCUUGAGCCUGAGGGAUCCAUUACUGUUUCAAUGGGUAUUGACUUUUGUGAUUCCACUCAGACUGCCAGUUUCCAGUUGUGUACCAAGGAUGAUUGCUUCAGUGUUAAUAUUCAGCCACCUGUUGGAGAACUGCUUUUACCUGUGGCCAUGUCAGAGAAGGAUUUUAAGAAAGAGCAAGGAAUGCUAACAGGAAUGAAUGAAACUUCUACUGUAAUCAUUGCUGCACCACAGAAUUUCACUCCCUCUGUGAUCCUUCAGAAGGUUGUAAAUGUAGCCAAUGUAGGUGUAGUCCCUUCGGGCCAAGAUAAUAUACACAGGUUUGCAGCUAAAACUGUGCACAGUGGGUCAUUGAUGCUCGUCACUGUGGAGCUGAAGGAAGGCUCUACAGCCCAGCUUAUCAUCAACACAGAGAGAACCGUGAUCGGUUCUGUUCUGCUGCGGGAGCUGAAGCCUGUCCUGUCCCAGGGGUAACCUGCUUGCAUCUGGACUUCAGAAUCUGGCACACAACAAAAGUGCCUGGCAUCCACUACUGCUGCCUUUCAUUUAUAAUAAUAGCCCUUCCAUCUGGCAGCAGGGGAAGAAUACACUCUUGACAUUCUUGUCUCCUGCUUUAGAAUGCUAGUGUGUAUCUAUCAUGUAUGCAAUACUUUCCCCCUUUUCGCUUUGCUAACCAAAGAACAUAUAUUUUACUGUCAGUUUUCUCAACUCUUGAAUCCAUGUGGCAUUUUCUCUGUCCUUCUCCUGUUCCUUCUCUUUUUUCACAACGAUGGACAUGAAUUGGGUAUUUUAAGGUCAUUGGAAAUCAGCCUCUCUCCCAGUGUAAGCAAAAAUUAGCUUAGAAAUAGUCUAAACAGCCUCUCAGCUUGGUAUCUGAAAAUUGGGUAGCACACUUUUUAGAAUUAAAAACAACAAGAUCUCUGCAAAAUUUUGUUCUGUGAAUUGCCUGGUAUUGUAAUUGGUUAUUGACAACACUCAUCAUGAAAUCAUCUCUGAAUAAUAAACUAGCAUACGAAUAA